AUUCUUCUCAUGUUCAACCACUACCCUCGUAACGAAUCAGCUUGCUAUGUUGGCCGCUAUUAAGCUAAACUAUUGGUAUACCAAUUACCAGAUCGAAAACCAGUUAUUCGGUUAUAGGUAUUGACACAAUUGCGGAUAUGAGUAAUUUAACAACACUAUGCAUGAGUCGGCAAAUGUCAAAUUUUUAAUGUGUAAAAACAAAAGUAUAGGAUAUUCUCGUGUGCUCGAUUUAAUUUCCUAUUAUUUUUUUGUUAUUAACUUAUUAAAUAAAGUAAAAAAUGAAGCUACAAAUUAAAACUUUGAGUCAAAAAUCGUUGAUGGUCGAUAUCGAUCUGUCAAAGACUGUGUACGAACUAAAAAAGGAGUUGUCGCUGUAUCCAGACGUUGGCGUUAAGCCAGAACUGCAAAAACUAAUUUAUGCCGGUAAAAUACUUUUCAACGAACAACCUUUGAGUGCUUAUAAUAUCGAUGCAAAGAAAUUUCUUGUCGUAAUGGUAUUGAAACAGCCCGAAGAGUUGGGUGCCGAAACAGCACCAACUGGUGCAGGUAGUUCAGUGUCUGCGGUGGGCGAGGCUGCCAGUGCAAAAGUUGUUGCAAGCGAAACUGAAGCAACUACUAAAGAGACACCAACAGCACAGGUAGUAAAGCAACAAACACCACAAACACCAGUGCCAGCAGCUGCUACAGUAACAACUGCUGCUGCUCCUGAGACACAGCCCACAACACCACAGCGUACUGCAGCUCCACCACAGCAAGAACAACCAGCACCACCAAGGAGUGGUGCUAAUGAUGAAAUGGUGGCAAAUAUAGUCAGCAUGGGUUAUCCAGAGGUAGAAGUACGACGUGCGUUGGCCGCUAGUUUCAAUAAUCCAGAACGCGCAAUUGAAUAUUUAAUUGAAGGUAUACCAGAAUCGGUGUUGAUGCAACCAGAGAAUGCUGUUUUGUAUGGUGGUGAUAGCGAUGCCGAUAUCGGUAUGUCACCAUUUGAAAUGUUUCGUAGUGAUCCGUUGUUCCGAAAUUUGCGUCGCGCUAUACAGCAACACCCAGAAUUAAUUAACGAUGCCAUACAACGUGUAGGCGAAGCCAAUCCCGCCAUACUACAAUUAAUCAACGAUAACCAACAAGAAUUCCUUAGCUCACUGAUUGAGGGUUCGGACGAUGAUGAUGAUGACGAAGAUGGAGCACCUCGUGGUGGUGGCAAUUAAAUAGUAAAUGCAGUUCUGAAAUAAAAUAAAAUAAAUUAUUUAAAUUGUAAACUCUUGCAUUGUACUGGUUAUAUUAUAAAUACAGGGAAAGGACUUUAUAAUACCAGUUUGAUUGAAUAGUAAAAAAUAUGUUUCGUCAUUUUUAAUUACA